CGACCAUCAUACUCCAAUGAUUCUGGCACAUCUUUGAACUCGUCUUCAACCAAACGUGGAUCUUUGUACUCGGUUGACACGUGCUCGUCCACGAGUUUGGUGGCCUCCACAUCUUCAGAGUAUCCCGUAAACUCAAACAAGAAUAAGUAUUCCUUGCGCCUUUCAUUGGCGAUUCUACCUUCAUUGCCCUUACCCCUAGAAUUGCUCGAUAGUGCCACGCCUCCACCUUGGGGCGUGUUGUCCACGUACAGCUCCCCGCUUCGCGCCUCCAUGCGCAUUUCCUUGUGGUUCGCCCAACGUACAGCGGCCAAGUACUCGAAAGAUUUGGGUGGCAACUUGAUCCUCAUACGAAAAAUCUUUUUUUCAAUCCGCUCCAAUAUUUUGGGUAUGGAUGAUAGUGGCAGUUCAAAAGGGAAGAUGAGUGAUGCGAAAUGGACUCGGGAAACGGAGGCUCAUUUCGUGGCACUGAUGUUGGAGGAAGUAGUCAAUGUAAAUUGCGUCGACGGAAGGUUCAGUACGAGUCAGUGGACUUCGCUGUUGACCAAACUAAAUGAACGGUGUUCUACCGACCCACCUUAUGAAAUGAAUCAAAUAAUGGGUAAGCAGGCUCCGUUGAAGUCCCACUUGCGUCAUUUCCAUACAAUGCUGACAAAGGCAACUGAAACAUGUACGCACUACGACGCACUGACGACCAUUUUCUUCGGGUCCACCGCUACAGGAAUUAGCGCAACAGUUUCCACUCAACCGCCCCAGGGGAGACCACAGGUGAGGAGGAGUCCAGUUGCCAUCCCAGAAAAUGAAUUGUUCUCAGAUGAGGGUGGUGAAGAUACGUACAGUCCAGACAACAGUCGCUCCACUCGUCGUUAUAGAACUUCAUCCCAGUCCAUUGACACAGUGAUGAAUUCCUUCCUAGGUGUUUCUUCU